CACCCGCGACCAGGAAAAGCGGAAGUGUCGUGGAAGUUCCACCGAGUUGCUAAUUUGUUACAGUACCUGUCUUAUCUGAUACUCAUUGGAUUUUAACCGAUAAAAUGUUCGGCGGAGACGACGAAGACGGAGAUUUCUUGUCACCCACGGGCGGGGCCAAGUUGGCUUCCCUGUUUGGACUUGAUGACGAAACCAGUCAAGGCAAUGAGUCUUUUCAUUAUACAGCACCAAAACAGCCGAGAAGGAGCUCAAAUCCAGUCACAGUCAUCCAGACAGCAGCACCUUCACCUGGAACCCUACAAGUGUUAUUUGCCACUGCAGUCCAAGCCUUUCGAUAUAUAAAUGGACAGUACGUGAAGCAGGGUAAGCUGGGGGCAGCCAUACUGGGCAACCACACAAGUAAAGAGUAUAAGCUGCUUCUAUACUUGAGCCAGCAGAAACAAGUUGCUUCUUCCAACAUUCACAUUGACUUCAUUUUCACGUUACAGCCCAACAAUUACUGCACGUUUUAUGAUGACCAAAGGCAGAAUUGGUCCCUCAUGUUUGAAUCUGAGAAAUCCUCAUCUGACUUCUGUAAAGAGGUGUGUUUGGCAAAGGCAAACAGCUGCAACGUUUUAGAUGCAGUGGUGACUCAGGAUUUAAGUCUCGGGGAAGGCCAGGCAGUACAAUACGGUGACUCUUUGGAGGUGACGUACAGAGGCUGGCUCUUGCAGAACCACACAAUUGGACAGAUGUUCGACUCUAACCAAAAGAAAGACAAUUUGUUACGGCUGAAAAUUGGAGCUGGAAAAGUAAUUCAAGGAUGGGAGAACGGGCUGCUGGGGAUAAGAAAGGCUGGCUGUCGUCUUAUUGUUGUCCCACCGAACCUUGCUUAUGGAGCUAAAGGUGUGCCUGACUGUGUUCCAGCUAACAGCACUCUUAUUUUUGAAGCAGCACUAAAACGGGUGAAAUAUUCCAAAGACUAUGGCUCUAAUCAGGCCACUGCCAGUUCCAGAGAUUCUGGCACUCCCUCCCCUGCCCCUAGUGUUGAGAUUCUGACCCCAGACCCACCAGUACAAACAACUGCAUUGGAUUCAUGCAAAAAAGGGGAGACACCUUCAAAUUCCCUUCGUGAACAGCUUAUAACUACAGAUUCCACAAAGGCCAAGCUGAUAUCUCGUAUGGCAAAGAUGGGCCAGCCCAUGUUACCCUUUCUAACAUGCCAGCCUGAGUCCAGUGACUCAGAGUUGGAGGAUACCACCACCGGUAGAGCCAAGGAUCUGCUUGUUGCACCGUCUUGUGUGCAGAUCUCCUCGACUGCCCCACUUCAAGCACAUGUGCUUCCACAUCCUUACCCUGCUCUUCCGACUAAUGUACUUCCCAACCUUACCAAUUUUGCUGCUCAGCCUGGUUUGCUAGGUAACACACACAGUUUUCAGACUUAUGUUCCUUCAACUCAGCUCCAGUCUGUUGGCCAAGUUUAUCCUGCACGUGUCCCUUAUAUUGUGGGAAAAUGUCCUCCAGGCUCCAGUGACAUGACUUCCUUCUUGAUGAUUGACGCCCGACAGCAAAACACCGAGAUCCGGUUAGCUGUCGGAAAAGUAGCAGACAAAGUUGAUCAACUUGCAUCUAAGAUAGACGACUUUCAAAGGCAGGGAACUGUCUCCUUGGGCCUGUCCGGUAUAUCGAUGGAGUCCUCCAUGAUCAUGCAAAACGUCCAAAGAAUUAUCCAGGAAAAUGAAUGUUUAAAGAAGGAAAUCUUUGAGAAAAGCUCUCGUAUUGAGGAACAAAACCGCAACAUAAGUGAACUAUUCAACCAAAGUCAAAGGUAUAUGGAACAGAGCAACACCCUUUUGGAAAAGCGAAAUGACUCCCUGAAGGCCUCGAGCGGACAGAGUGAGGCCAGACAACUGCAGGCUGAGCAAGACAAGAUUCAGUUGAGAGAAGAACUGGCAUCAACCACAGCCCAGCUUUCUCAAGUAAAACUAGAGACUUUGGCUCAUCAGCAGAAGGUUUUGGAGCUGCAAACUAAACUGAGCACAAGCCUGCUCGACUGUGAACACUACUCCAAACACAUCUAUGAGCUGCAAUCACAACUGGAAGAGCUGAAGGAAGUAUCAGAAAGAGCCCAGGUACAGUACCGUGCAGAGAUGCAAAGGCGCAAGGAGAUUGAGCAAAAGCUCAAAAACAUGGAGGAGGAAGUUAAUGACCUGAGGAGGAAUCAGAAUGGUCUCAAACAAGUUAAGCGUGUGAUGAAUGAUGUGUUUCAUUCGUUACGAGGAGAGUUUGACCUCAGUGAAUCUUACAGUGGCCGUACUGUGCUUGGUGUGCUUGUAAAUACUAUUAAGAGUGUAACUUUGGAUCACCUCCAAGGCAAAGACUGUCUGACAACAAGCAAGAAGGAAGAGUUGGCAGAUCAAGAAUCGCAAGCAGACGGAGGGGAUUUGAAACAAAAAGAUGGGAAAAUAUGUGAUGCGUUCCUUGUGAAUGAAGAGAGUGGAGUCAGCAAACAGAUAAAGGAGGACCAUCACUGUAGUAGUGAGGACCGAAUGCAUCAGGAUGGAGCUGCGAUGCAGGAACAGUUGUCUGUUUUAAAGGAACAAUUCCAUUCUAAAGUGUUAGAAACCACACUCAUGACAGCAUCAGGAUCUCAAAAGAAGCGGGGUCAGGCAGCAGAUGACACCAGCGAAGCUGCGAAUCCAGAGGCUGGACCUCAUGAAAGUGUCAUAACUGAGGUCGAAGUUUUUAAGGCGAAAAUGGAAAAUACAGAAAAGUCAGGAGAAAUGGAUCCUGACUCUCAGAAAUCUUUUGGACCCCCAGUCAAGAUGCCUCUACCACCAAGUGAAGUUCCACUCAGUCAGGCUAAAGAUAAAAGUCUGACUGGGGACUCACGAAUGGAAAACGGAGAGACCAUUUUCCAAAACAGCAGCAUUGACAAAUCUGCUUCGUAUCCAGUUUUGGAGGAAGAGGAGGAUGAGCUGAGCCUGAAGGGAUGUCCACCACCAGCUCCACUGUUGAGUGAUGACAAUAAUGAUGAUCAUGACUGGCUGAAUUAGAUGCAACGGAAACGAAAGUUAAGCACAUCACAGACCCUGCCUGCCUCGACUUAUGACUUCUGAGUCAUCAUAAUGUUGACAAUGGCUGCCCCAGCACACUGGAAAAAUAAGCGAACUAUUAAGAUUUAAGAUACUGUGGAUAUAAAAAGCCUACACACCAAAGUUAAAAUGACCAGUUUUUUCCUGAUAUAAUGAAUGAUUAAUAAUUGCCAAACUAUCCACCAUUAAUGACUUAUAACCUGUGCAGCUCUAUUUUUUUCAUGUUAAAAAAAAAAAAAAAUUUUUAAAUGAAAUGUGGUUGCACAAGUGUGGACAGGCUUAUAACUGGGAUGUCUCUCCAAAAGGUGGAAAGCCUACUAGAACAACAGAAAUGUAUUUGGCGAUUAUCAGAGGCACUUUUAAUGUAGGCAGGUGUGUGUUGACUCCCAUUUAACAUGGUUUUGAAUGUGAUUGGUUGAUUCAGAACACUGCCACAUCCCAGUAAUAAAAGGGUGUCCACACUUGUGCAACCACGUUAUUUUUACCUCCCCUCUCAAGAUGUUUUUUUUUUUUUUUUUUUAAUCGAGUUGUACAAGUUAUAGGUCACAUUAAUGGAUAUUUUUUUGUAAUGAUUUAUCUUCGUCUCAUUUUUUUUGUUUUUUGUUUUUUUUUUACAUCACAAAAACCUGGCAUUUGAACAGGGUAAGGAGCCGUACUCUUUGUUUUACUCAAGCACGUGAGGUUUUUGAAUCGGUCGCUUUCCUGUUGUCAUACACUUCAAAUAAUCACGUGAGUUUUAAACCGUUACCAUGAAAAAAUGCUGAAGAAAAUACUUUUACACAGUUUUGCUAACAGGAAUCCUACAAAAAUAAAGAAGAAAACCCUUUUCCACGUUUCUAUUUAUUUUUGUU